CUCUUAACAGCCUCCGCUACUUUGCGCAGCAUAUUUGUUGUUGACACAUCACUCUUUUUUCUUAUAAAGGAGCUUAUACCCUUUGAUUUUGUACUCAAUAUAUCAUUGUUCGAACAUACCUCGAAAUCGUACAUAUACACCAACAGAAACGAUCAUGGCUCCAAAAACAAAUCUUCAGUUAAUUCAGGAAUGUGACAAUUUUCCCUACUAUGAGGAUGAUUCGGAGUUCUAUGAGCGCCAUAUGAGUAACUAUCAUACCUUUAAAGUCAACGGCUGCAACGCCGUUCUGGGAUACAUUCCGAACAGCAUCGUUGAGAAGUUUCAUUGGAUAGAGAACGACUGGAAAGUUGACUCAACGGCUCGCACCGUUACUCUAAUGGCCGCACCAGAUGCAGAACCUGCAGUUCGUAAUGAGAUCAUGACCCGUCUCAUAGCUGAAGCCGUGCGCCGAGAAACUUUUGAGGUCCUGAAAGGCUGGCGCAACGAAAUGUAUCCCAUCUAUGCGCCGGGAGGCAAAUUCCUGAUGGAAAUAGAGCGAUGCGCCAGUCCACUGUUUGGUAUCAUCACCUACGGUGUUCACAUGACGGGUUACGUGGAGGAUGAAAAGGAAGGAAUGAAGCUAUGGGUUGCUCGCCGAUCAAAAACCAAACAGACUUACCCAAAUAUGUUGGAUAACACCGCUGCCGGCGGGAUGAGUACCGGCGAACAUCCCUAUGCCUGCGCUAUUCGUGAAGCCGCUGAAGAAGCUUCAAUACCAGCUGCAGUCUUUGAAGAACGCGCACGUCCAGUAGGCGUAUUAACGUAUUUCUACGUUCGAGAUGCGCGCGCAGGUGGCGAAACGGGUCUACUACAACCCGAGAUUGAGUAUGUCUACGAUAUCAAACUAGACGCCAGUCAUACAGUGAAACCCUGUGAUAGCGAAGUUGAAGAUUUCCGUCUUUGGACCGUUGAUGAGGUGCGACAGUCACUCAAGGAAGGUGAAUGGAAACCUAACUGUGCCGUGGUCAUUCUUGACUUUUUGAUCCGGCACGGUAUUCUGACGCCGGAGAAUGAGCCGGAUUACUUGGAGAUUAUGGCUAGGAUACAUCGGCGUCUGCCGUUUCCCACUGUAAAAUUUUUGAAGUAGAUAUGGUAUUUGAUCAGAUAGAGUCUAUAGGUAGACAUUUGUAUAGUCUCCGCCAAAAAUCCCAACUUUGCCCACGAAUUUUUUUUGUCUUGUGCUUUAUAUUAUUUUCUCUCUGUAGAUUGAACCGAAACCAGAACGCCAACGCUGAUGCAAAUACUCCGGUCGUCUGGAAAACUUUUCCAGAUUUAUUUCUUGAGCAAUAGAUAAACAUAGUCGAUCCUCAAUGGCACAAGCUUGUUGUAAGGGCCAUCCAUAUACAGCAAAAGCCCGCCAAAGGAAACAAACACGGAC